GCUCUGCCUUCUCUCUAAGAUAUCCAAACACUGAACCGUUUAAUUUUUAGUUUGAAGGUGCCUAAAUGUUCACAGCGACAAGAGCUUCAUUUUGAACCGAACGAUUUCUUGUUCCGACCGGUAAGUGUAUUUUUCCCUUCUCUUUGCUAUUUCCGAAACUUAGGGCUUGGGGUUCUACUGAUUUUAUGCAGUUAGAACCCUCUUUUUUUAAUUUCUGUUAAGUUCUCACUCCAAGAGUUAUUUUCUACCGCCAAUAUGGUGGUUUAUAGGUACUAUUGUUUUUCUGUCCGGGUGAGAAUUUCCGUUAGGGCGUCUUCAAAUUAGCUUACCGUGAAAACCCAAGGCAUAUAGAUUACUUUUUGCUUGUGUUAAUAUGGAAACCAACACGAAAACUCUAAGAUGGAAAUUGCCAGAGUUUCGUAAAGGUUUUAUGAAACAAUGCUUGGAAGGUGUACUGAAGCAAAGGUACGAUGAACCUUUGACAUCUGGGCUUGUUAGACAAUUGGAAAGAUAUGAGCUGAAACUGAAUGGUACUGUCCACAAUGAGGCUGAGUACUGUCAUUGGUUAUCUAAAAUAAUAAAGGAACUAUUUUUACAAAAACCAAUGAAUGUUGUAUCCAAACCUUGUUUCUCAAACUCUAAUGUCUCAGGAGAAGUCUUUCCUGUUCAAGAAACUGGAAAAUCUGCAAAUAUGGAUUGGAAGGAGCAGGUUUACCAACAGAUUCAAAAGAUGAAUAGUGCCUAUUUUUCAAAAGUUUAUGUCUCUUAUCUAGAGAUGAAUAGGGCGCUUCAACAGCUUGGGUAUUUUCCUCAAGUAUCAAAUACAAAUCUUGUAGAAAAACUGAUAAAAAGAAUGAAAAAAACAGAAUGUGUUUUGGCACUCUUGAAAUUGAAGAAAUGCCAAAUAACCACCGAUACUAAGAAGAUUCUAGAUGAAGCAGAAAAUUAUGGUAUGACUACUAAGGAUGUUGGCGACGAUUAUGAUAUAGGAAUGAUUAAGUUAGUAAGAAUAGCACUACAAAUGAAUGUUCGUUAUUAUGUUAUGCUUGCUUGUUAUGGAAAUGAAACAAUUUUUAUGCAUAAACCUAAAGGUUACAUAGACUCAACAAAACCAAAUUAUAUAUGUAGAUUGUCCAAGGCCUUAUAUGGUUUGAAGCAAGCACCACGGGCUUGGUUUGAAAAACUAAGAGACAGCUUCUGA